AUGUCCCACGAGUUGUUGCAGCUUGCUGGGCGAAACGCCCAGCGGAAUCGAGCACCGAUGCGUCUCCGCCGAUGGAAGCUGCUAAGAGACGCUGCCCCUGUGCCGCUGCCAGUCGAUGAGCGUGGCCAUCCAGACUAUGCCUUCGAUCUAUGUUUGGUGGACAUUACCUGGGCCGGCGCGCGCUUUCGUCAGAUCCAGCAGGGAGUCGUCCGAGAGGAAGAGUUGGAGCCCACCGUGGAGGAUAUCCUCACCGAUGCGCUGCGCUGGCUGCAGCGUCGCGGGGGCUGUGGUCUCCAUGCGUUCAUUGGGCACACAGUCGUUCAUGGAGCUCCAGCCACGGGUGGAGCUGCCUAUGCUUUCGACAACUACACGGCGGAGCUUGUCCGUGACGAGGAUUGGGCCGAUCCAGGGGAAGAAGAACUGCGCAUGGCGGCGCCCUGCCGACCACCAUUGGCCGCGUCUGACUGUCAGGACUGGCUAAGAGGGAGCAUCGGGGGCUGCAAAAGAGCCACUUCCUUGCCGCGGGCGGUGCAGCCGAAGGUCGCACGGAGAGGCGAUCGGGGUGGCAAGAAGGGCCAGGCGGCGGAGAAGGCAGUGUCAGAAAGUGGCCAAGUGGAACAGCUCCCCACAAUUCAAGACCCCUAA